UAAACAGAAUAAAUAUUACACGACUCAUGAUACAAUUUGCGUCGGUCCACUUAAUCUAUCCUAUAGUCAAUUAGCAGUUUUUACCCUGGGAUUUCAGUUCCCUAGGCUAAAUACCGUAAAUUGAGACUUUGUCCUCCGUUAAUGAGCGCCGCCCUGGAUUGACCAUAUUUAGAUGUUGUGGGCGGGUCCCUCCGUAACGGAACGCCCCCGUCGCGUGCGUCCUUCACGAGCCAGCGAUCAGUUAAAAGGCCGCGCGGGAUGAAUGACUGACAACUGUCUAGUGUACGGGAAGCAGCCCGUGGUGAGGAGCAGGUUGACUGGUGCAGCUGCUCCCUUGUGUUUUGUAUGCAGUGAGCGGGGUUGGUCCCUGGAGUACUUAAUGCUGAUUUGAGGCCCUUGAUGGACAUCAUCAGUGUCUUGUUUGGAGGACCCAUGGUCACCAUGAGGAGAACCAGGCUGCGUCUGCUCACAAUGGCUUUGGCCCUGUCCUUGGUCAUAGCCAUCUCUCUCUCUCAGAAGAGAACAGCUAUACGUCUCACAAUGCCAACAACUGCACCAUACCUGUAUACCUUGCCAUAUGGUCACAGGCCAGUUUUUGGGGGUGUCACGUCUAUCCCUGAAACGGCGUCUACUAUGAAGACGACCACUGUAUCAGAUCUUUCUUCAACAAUGGAAGAUGGCGCUUACAAUUGGAAAGACUUUGCUUCCUCUACUGUGGAAACUGCCUCUGGUUCAGAGGAGCAAACAUCUGCAACAAAGAUGGGCUACACUUGGGAAGAAUGGUCUUCUACCACUGAAGAGAGUACCUCUACCAUGGAGGGGCCAGUCUCCUCAAAAUUUCCCUACCCUUGGGAGGAGUUGGCUUCUACAACUACGGAGACGAGCCAAAUGGCUUCCACGGUCACCGCAGGGGCAUUCGCUAGUGCAUCAUCUACCACCCUAACAGAGGUACCUACAACCAUGAAUGCUUCAACCACCGCUGUGGUGACUGAGGCCCUCCCUACAAAGUCAACUCCCAUGGAGACAACCCCAUCAAAGGUGCUGUCUUCUACAGCAGAGACUGCUUCCACAAUCCUUACAGAAGGUCAUGCUAGCCACCAUAACUGGGUUUACCACUGGUACACGGGCACCUAGCAUCACAAAGACUGCUUAUUCCACUAUGGCUACCACCACCCCAGCUGCUGGCCCGACACCACCCGAGCUGGUGGUGGGCAACUACACCAUUGAGAGGAAAGGUGGCAUAUUGUGUGUCAAGGCAGAGAUGGCCCUACAAAUAAGGGUGACCUACCGCACCAUUUUCAAGAAUGAGUCUGAGGGAAUCUUCACAAUCCAGCCUUCCCGCACAGUUGCUGUGGGAGGCUGUGGUGAGACCACAGCAACACUCCACCUCAAGUUUGACGAAGGGGUUAUAUUCUUUCGUUUUCAGA